AUGGCGACCAACGGCAACGGCGUUCAGGACCCCACCAGUGGCGCAGGCGCCCAGGCGGUGACGGAUCCCACAGACUUCAAGGGCAAGGGCAAGGCCCCUGCGGCCGAGGACGACGACAUGAAGGACGUCCACGACGACGACGAGGACGAGGAUGAUGACGAGGAUGACGAUGAGGAGGAGGAGGAGGCUGCUGACGUCGACGACGAAGACGACGAGGACGCAAACCAGGUCAUCGACCUUGACAACGUGAUCGGCCGCCGCACGCGCGGUGUGGUCAUUGACUACGCCAAGGCUGCAGCAGAGAACCCGGUCGAGGAGGACGAGGACGAAGAGGACGACGGCGACUUUGAGGAGCCGGACGACAUGGACGAGGACUAA